CUAAUUUGACAAUUCCCUCCAUUUCUCUCGCUACUCCUUCCCCUUUCCCUUUCUCCUGAAAAUUCAAAAAAAGCCUCUCCUUUUCUGCAAUUUCUGAGUAAAGAGCUAGAAAUUGUGAAGGAGAAGAAAAAUGAAUCACCGUAAUCUAAGUCAAUAUCACCAUUUAGAGAAUUCACAACAUCAAUCAGUAGACGGGCUUUUAACCCUUUUCACUAAAGCCAACCAUGACUUGACAACAAUCCAAAACAAGCUCGAAAGGGAAUUUCAACAAGUCUACCCUGAUAAUGCGAACCCCAUGAAGCUAGUUUCCAGGAUUAAGAAAGUUCAAGAUGAAAUGUCCACCUUGAAGGAGCAGUGCCGUGAGUUACUUGCAGCUAAACAGGAUUUGAUUGAUAAAGCUCGUGGAACCUUAGUUGGGAACAGGUCGUUGCUGCAAAGGUUGCAAUUAUCUACAGGUGUUCCUAUCAUCAGUGAUUCUGAUGAUCCAUCAUAUGCUAGCUUCAACCAGGUCAUUGACGAAUGGACAACUCAAGUCAGAUCAAGAACAGAGGAUGAGAACCUUGAGUCAGGGGAAGAUAUCAAUCAGAUGCUGUUUUCAGCAAUUGUCCAUGGCAACUAAGAAGUCAUUCAACCUCUGCAUUAGAAAGAUGCUUGAUGUAAGAGGCCUAGUAUAUGAGCUUGUGGUACCUAGCAGUUUUCUGACAUAUCUUAUGUCUUAUUCCAAAAAACAAAAAGGAGAUUUUGCAAUGGUUUCUUGGAGUAUUCUUGUAUCUUUUAUUUGUUUAAGUUUACAUAGUUGCCCUUUCUUGCUAUUUCAGAAAGGGAUUAGUAACAUCAGAUAACUUUCCUUUGUUACAACAAGGUAAAAAUAUUAUGCUCCAAUACAUGUUAGAGAAUGGUUAUGAAGCAUGAGUGACUUGAGCAGGGUAA